AUGACUGGCCAGCCCGUCUUCGGUAUCAACACAAGUUUUGCGGGCGGGCGGACUUACUGUGAAGGCAAUACCAAUACCUAUGGACAUCAAACCAGCAACCAACAACUUUCUUUGCCCUUAACCUCAGGAAGUGAUAUAUCAUACAACCAAGAGCCGAAUCACCGCAGCGCUCAUACCUCAUACAAUCAAGGGCAAAACUACCGUGGAGCCACUUCAACCCCGCAUAACCAGCAAUAUCAUACGCCCGAUGGCCUCAAUUCAUACCAGAACUCCAUUCAAAAUCCAAAGACGUCUUACACCCACCAACACAUCACCCAGAAUUCGCCCCCUGCCUUGCAGGGCCGACGUAUAAUUAGUGGCCCCAACAUAUCCCAGAUUCAACUGCAAGGCCAAGCGACCACGGAUCGCCACUUGCUCAACGUUCAACUGCAAGGCCAAGCGACCACGGAUCGCCACUUGCUCAACGGCCAGCCCAUGCUAACCACCCAGGCAACAUCUCAUUCUAGAGCACAAGCUCCAGGUUCCCAUAAUAAUCAAAUACCUCGAGAUACUCUCCCUCAUCUGCCCAGUCCACUGCACUCGACCCCCAGAUUCCAACAUCCUUGUGGCAAUACAACCGGACAGUCACAGCCAAACUCCAGCCCCAUUCAAGUUCGAACAGUCCUCCAUCCGCACACCAAUGUGCAUCCAUCCGGGUUGAAUAACCAAACACGUCUGCCAAAUUCUGCAUCAACCACGCACCAGCAAGAAGAUUGUGUUCCGCCCCCUCGAAACUACCGUUUGUCUGUAUCCCAACCUCAAUCAGUCUUGGUCCAUCAAGCCACAAUUGCCAACCGGGUGCCACCUCCCCAAACCAAUACCUUGGCUCCCUUGCAAGCUCGCUCCCAUCAGCCCAGUCAAUCAGCCGACCCCAGUUCAGCUUCAGUUCAUCAGACCACAAUCUCCAACCGGGCCCCACAUUCCCAACUUGAUUCUUCAGCUACAUCGCAAGCUCAGUCCCACCAGCCUGGUCAAUCAGCCAACCCCAGUUCAGCUUCAGUUCAUCAUACCACAAUCUCCAACCGGGCCCCACGUUCCCAACUUGAUUCUUCAGCUACAUCGCAAGCUCAGUCCCACCAGCCUGGUCAAUCCGCAAAAUCCAGCCAUCCCUCCCUUGACAACGACAUCAAUUUAGCGGGGAUAAUGUCUGGGUCGAUGGACAGCGGUAAGGAGGUCGUUCGUUCAUUGACUGAGGACGAAAUGAUGCGAUUUAAGGACAUGAAUCUCUCGAUCCUCCGUCAAAUUGCAUCUGACAAACCCCCACGUAGCAGAAUGACUGCAGAGAUGAAGAGUGAACUGGACGACCUAUAUUACGAAUUCCAGAGAGAGCUCCACAAGCUUUCAAUCAAGCAUCAAGUCGGGCCGCACCUCUGCUUUGCUCAUCUUGGGCAGUCAAAAAAGGUGAAGGGCGGCUCCACAUGGAAUAACUUUCAGCAGUACGAUCCCGAGGCGCUGGCACUCUUUGAUGAAUUUGGAAAGGAUGUUGGCGGAGAUAAGGUAGCGGAGCUAUGGAAAACGAAAGACGAUGCAACGAAAAAGUUAUAUAAAGACAUCGAUUUUCUCAUCAGUUUGACCGAAGAAAAUGCUGAUGCCAUUGCUGCUGCACAAGAUAACGUUUACUCAACAAAUGGGAGUCGAUUGCGAUCAAAAACGAUGGUUUCCUCCUCACAUGUCUCUCAGAAGAAAACGAUGACUAUGGUUAGCAACUGGGUCCGUAAAACAGAAGCCGAUUUGAAAUCCAUGGCCUUCUUCCAUCAAGUUGAAGGCUUUUUUGUUGUAGCUUCCCGCCACCCAAAAAGUACAAUCUUUGAGAAAGGUGGAUCGGCCCUAGGCUACAACUUUCUUGAAAUGAUGGCCGAUAAGGAAGAGAAGGACACUGCGGGGCAUUUUCAUACCUGGGUUGCUGCAAAAGCUAUCCAAAUCAUUAACGGCAUCCGAGUAGAUCCAUCGAAAUCCAUGAAACGAAAGGCGAUCACUUCCACAAACGAUAAAACAAAUGUAGCCAAUGAAUUUGAUAUGGGCACGGUCGCUAAAAAUGUUCAUGCCAUUCGGGAAAAGCUAAAGGAAAUGAUACAAUCGGCAAGUGGCAACGAGCUAUGUUGCGCCUGGCCAGCGACGGAUUCCGUAAACAAGUUAAAGGAGUUGAAGCUCAAACUCCAUGUCAAGAAUAACGACUGGAAUAUUGUGCCCAAGGACUUAUUUCAACCGCUUUCCAGAUUGCACGAGGGUCCGGCCAAAGGCAUACUUGCUUGUUUAAACACCAAACGAAUUCUCAUCACCUACCAUGGGAAUGAAGACUCUGAAGAUGAAACUACUGAUUCGACCGAAACAGAAUCCGAUUCAGAUGAUGAAACCGAUACCACAGAGGACGAGUCAGACAGCACCAAAAGUAGCGUCGAAGUCGAUAAUCCACCUCCUAAGAAGCGUGCCCAAAAAAACAGCAAGACUGGAUCAUCCAAGAAGAAGUCCGGCAGCUCCAAGAAGAAGUCCGGCAGUUCCAAGAAGAAGUCCGUCACCUCUAAGAAGAAGCCCGUCACCAAAAGCAAAUCUGCCGUCAAUAAGAAAUCGACCAGCUCGAAGCAAAAGCGUACAAGUGCCGCAAGUACCAAUCAAAUCAGCGACACUGUUACAACUCAAAACAGCAACACCCUUACAACUCAAAACAGCGACACCCUCGACCCCAGAAGUAGCUUAGCAGGCAUCUCAGGUGCUCAAGAAGGGGGUACUGGUUUGGUCGGAGACUCUCAAAUUCAAUCUUCCAUUGACCCUCUGCUGGAGACGCUUGCUUAAUUCGCUGGACGCGCUUCCAUAUAUUUUCUCUGUCUCACUGCUUUUGUAAU